GUUGAAUAUAGUUAUAUUAUUUAAGAAGAAAAAGAAAAAAUCAAGCAAGCAAUCUAGAAGAUUGAAUACAAUGUAAAUCAAAGCUAUUAUUUUAAUCUUAUUUAGAGCAUAGUAUAAAAUGAUGUCCUUUGUAUGCUAAAAUAGCAACCAAGAACAUCCUCCGUUAACGAUGGAAGAAGUGAAACUCCAUGGGAUGUGGGCAAGUCCUUUUGUUUGCAGAGUGAAAUGGGGUUUGGAGCUUAAGGGCAUACCAUAUGAAUACGUUGAAGAAGAUAUCUCUAACAAAAGUCCAUCGUUGCUUCACUACAAUCCUCUUUACAAGAAGGUUCCUGUGCUUGUUCAUGGUGCAAAACCCGUGUGUGAGUCCAUCAUCAUCCUCGAAUACAUCGAUGAAAUAUGGCCUCAAUAUCCUCUCUUUCCUAUCGAUCCCUUCGAUAGAGCAACCACUCGCUUUUGGAUCAAAUAUGCUGAUAAUAAGUUGUUUGGAAGUCAGCUUCUAUUCGGUUCCCGCAGCAGGGAAGAAGAGGAAAAGGCUAAGGCGGAGGCGAUCGAAUUCCUGAGAACAAUCGAAGAACAAUGCCUUGGCGACAAGAAAUUCUUCGCCGGAGAGGAGAUCGGCGCCUUGGAUUUGGCGUUCGGAGGAAUAGCGCACUGGCUACCAGUUCUCGAACAAAUUACAGGAAAGAUACUUCUGGACGCCGAUGAGUUCCCUCGCUUGUACGCUUGGACCCAAAACUUCAAGGAAGCUGCUGUCAUCAGAGAUAACCUGCCGGACGCCCAGAAGUUGGCCGGACUUUACAACGCCCUCCGCGACAAGCAGCUGCGAUCUGCUGCACAGUAAACGAUCUUCAUAGAUAUCUGAUUUGGAUCCUAAUAUGUCUUGUGGAUUGAAAUUUCUGGAAAAAACUAUAAAAAUAAAAGAUCUAAUAAAUUGUUUAGAUUUAUGAACAAA